AUGAUGGGCUAUGCAUCGUUGGCGCAGACCGAUACGGGAUUGCACAUGCGCGAACGAAGUCGUGCGUUUAUCGUGGCCGACGCUGCUGCGCCAAGCAACAGGAUUGUGUUUAUUAAUGCCGAUAUCGCAAUGGGCGACUCAGGCGUGCGCCGCUCAAUUGUCGCCCAAUUGUCAUCACAGUUUCCGGGACUGUACACGGACGAUAAUAUUGCCUUUGUUGGAACUCACCAGCACUCAGGUGUUGGUGGGUACUUAGAGAACCUGCUGCCCCAGAUCACCUCAUUGGGGUAUGUCAAGCAGACAGCCGAUGCGAUUGUGGCUGGAUCUGUGUUAGCUGUCCAACGCGCCCAUGCAAAUCUUGCACCAGGGAAGCUCAGUCUUGGGAACACAACGAUCUUGAACGCGAACAUCAAUAGAUCACCGACUGCUUAUCUCGCGAACCCACCUGAAGAGAGGGCAAGAUAUCAAUUCGACCAGGACAAGGAUAUGACGGUUCUACGAUUUGAUGAUGAUAAUGGCAAUGCAAGAGGAUUGUUGAGCUUCUUUGCUGUGCACGGAACAAGCUGGGUGCCUUCUGCGAAAGUCCCGGACAGCCCUUUGACGGACAACCCUGUGAAGCCAACCAUUCAACUUGUGGAGGCACUGUACAAGACUGUCAUGGACGGUGCGUUUGCCAUGGCACGGCAUUAUGGCAACGAACUCAUCUCAUGA